AUGAAGUACUUCACUGUGCAAGGGAAGCCCCAUCUGUGUUUGUUUGCAGUACGAGACAUAAGUCCAGGAGAGGAGAUAACAUAUAAUUAUGGUGACUCAGACUGGCCGUGGAGAUGCAAGGUGGUCAAAAUUUUACGUUGUGAGACUGAUGGACCACCCACAUCAGAGCCUUAUACGAGCACUCAAAAGGUGUCUGCAGGUGCAUCAAGUGGCCUGCUCACAAGCUUUGAUAAGGAUCUCGAUGAGGUAAUUCCUCUGCAAGAUUCAGGGGGCCACAAAUCCCCAUCAACAACCGAAGAUAUUGAAGAGAUGACGGCUGAGAGCAACCGGAUUCAGACGGCUGCGAGCGACCUGAAUCAGUCAAGUCCAGUGCUUGGUCCACCCAACAGGGUUGGAAAGGAUCUCGAUGAGGUAAUUCCUCUGCAAGAUUCAGGGGCCACAAAUCCCCCAUCAACAACCGAAGAUAUUGAAGAGCAACCGGAUUCAGACGGCUGCGGCGACCUGAAUCAGUCAAGUCCAGUGCUUGGUCCACCCAACAGGGUUGGAAAGGAUCUCGAUGAGGUAAUUCCUCUGCAAGAUUCAGGGGCCACAAAUCCCCCAUCAACAACCGAAGAUAUUGAAGAGAUGACGGCUGAGAGCAACCGGAUUCAGACGGCUGCGAGCGACCUGAAUCAGUCAAGUCCAGUGCUUGGUCCACCCAACAGGGUUGGAAAGAUGACCACUGAGAAUAACCAGAAUCGGUUUCCCAGUCCAAGUCAAAUGGAUCCAGUUGUCAACAGUGGAAAGUGUAAAAAACAUCGCCUGGUGUGCGCAACAGUAUCCUCCUUGGACAAGUGUGUUCAAUGUGUGGGACCUGUAUCCUCCUUCAAGUGGCUUGGCUAUGAAUGCAGAGUUUGUUCGGGGGUCUGGCAUAAAUCCUGCCUCAGACGUAUUACAAAUUUCCAAGAUCCUUCACAGGAGGAACAGUUUUCUAAAUGUUCCAGGGAUGAACUGCUGUCAGAUAAGGAUGAUGUACCAGAUUCAGAACUGGAUCAAAUAUCAGAUGACGACGAGAACAUGUCCGACAAGGACUACAUACCAGACUCGGAGUCACAAAAUGAUGAUGCUGAUGAUGAUGAUACAGAUGCAAGCAUCCCCUUUAUGCCUAGUCAGUCGAAAGCUAAACAGGUUCAAGUAAAUCCAGUACUACCUGAUGUUGGAACAUCUUAUGGGUCAGACACAAGCAUCCCAGUUGUGCCCAGCACAUCAAAAUGUUAG